ACGCCGAGACAAUAAUUACAGUUUUGUUCUCCCGUAACAUCAGCCCUCAUAAAUUCAUAAUAGACGUCAAAAAUAAAUUGGCAAUUUCUAUUGGAAGCCCGUCAGCGGUGGUAUUUAUGGGUUUGUUUAGAGCGCAAAUUGAAUUUUGUAAACAACAAAUGGAAGGGAAGUUCAAUAUGAAAAUGGCAUCGUUUGUCAAGUGACGUUUCUAACAAUCGAAAUAACUAAUCAAGGAACGAAAAUGUCCAACAGGAACGGUUGGUUCCCACUAGCAGUCGCCAGAAACAAGGCCGAACAAUGUUGUCUGGCGCUGGAGUUGGAACAUUUGGAAAAGGAGAAAAGGACAAUGAUGCGCACACUUGGAAUGCGCAGGAAAAUGUUUAAGACCAAAUAUUUUAAAAUGAAUGACGAAGCUGUCAAUGCUCGAGCCUUUUGGGAAGGAAGUUACGAAUAUCUGGCCGAAAAAAUAAUCCAACAAUCGAAUACCAAUAAUGACGCCAAGGGAUUUUUGAAUAUCGAGGUAUAUAAAGCGUGUACAAUCGCAAUAAUAAAAUUUCAUGAACCAGCCUUCACAGUAGUAGAAAAACUUUUUUUUGUUUUGUAUUUUUCGUUGAUCAUAUCAUAUCAUAUUAACCGUUUUAAGCAAAUUCGCGAUUUACUGUUCACUGACAAUGAAGUCGACAAAGAGAAAAUCCUCUGCCUUCACUUGUUGUCCGCCCACAGAGCGGAAACUCUCGCCCCUCCAAGAAAGAAGUAUAUGCGCAGUUGCAAGAUUCACUCCCCCGUGGAAAAGCUAUUGGAACGAUCGAAAAGAAUAAAAAAUAUUCAUCGGGAACUGAAAAUCGCGAAUGCCCUACCCCUCUAUACACUAGAGGUAACGGAGUUCGGUCCCAAUUCCGAGUUGAUUAACGACGGGAGGCUGGCCACAAGAGUCUUAAUUAACGAAAGAAUUCGAUUGCUCAUCGACACAACAUUGACAACUUUAAUACAAUCGAACUCGGAGAAAGCAUGCGAAAUAUUGGCCAUGAUAAACGAUAUCAACUGCCUGUACGGAAUUUUCAAUCAAAAGAAAAUUAUGAAUUUUCUGGACCAACUUAAAGGAUGCGAUUUCUUAAAUAGUUUCGACUCGUUCGUCCUCUCAGUCCCGUUUCGUGUAAAACCCAUUCAAUUGGACAUCCGUACCCCUCCGAUUCAUUUGGAACAUCUGCUGAAACAAAUACGUCAGAAUGUGCUCCAGAUGCGUGUUCGAGCUGAGACGAAGUCAGACCAACAUCUAAAGGAAGCCGAGCAAAUCAGUCAUUCGAAAGUUGUCCCUGUUCCGAAAGUUUUUCGAAAGAAAAUGCGGUCCGAUUCUACUGAUGAAGGGAGGCUGAAAAGAGUUGAUGAAUUGUAUUCGGAUAACACACCUACGCUUUCAACUGCUGCACCCAAAAAACUAGGACGUCAUUUGGAUAUUAAUUUUAUUCGUAAGAACAUUAACGAAGCUGGAUUGGCGAGAAAAGUCGAAUACCAUUCCGAUGACGAUCAUGAAGAUCAGGUCGUUCAAAAGUUCCGCAAACAUUUUAAUAGAUAUAGCAGAAAUUCAGGACAUAAAGAAGGUAUCGCCGAAAGAUCCAAUAUACAACCAAUAAGCUUUCCCCAGAGCCUUUACUUGAUUGCGAAUGAAGAAAAGAGCCAAGAAGAAAUCGAAGAAAUGUUUACAUGCGAUGAUAAAAACGAGGAACAAAAGUUUGAAGAAAAAGAGGAGCAUCAGGCUAAACCAAAAACCAACAAAAGAAAACGCAGUAAUGAUAUUAACAAGAGCAGGUUACAUUUGAAGCAGACGACCUGUCCUGCUUGCAUGGAAAAGUACAAAAUUCCUCUGCCCAGCCCAAAAACACCCAGAGUUAAGCCUUCGUCCGUGAUUCCCCUGGCACCAGAUGAAAAUCCUUCAUUAAAAACCAACCGGAAAAACCGAUUGUCGAUGCUGAUUAACAAGGAAAUGUUUAAGCUUCAGUCGUACGAAAAAAGAUUCUCGAGCGAAGAAAAAUCGGGAAGGGGAAGUGCGCGUAGCCGUGAUUUUAUGCUGAGCUCCUCUUCGGACUAUUUGUACUUGUCCUCUCUCGAAUUGGCCAAGAUCCGGCAAGAGAUUCGUGAAAAGGAAACUCAAAAGAAACUGGAAAAGUUUUUAAACGAAGAAAAAUAAAACGUUCCCGCAAUUUGACUUCACCGUUGUUCUUAUUGGAGAGCCACUCAUUGCUUAAUACUAUAUGUAACA